AUGGAAGCACUGUGGGCGGCAGAGGUGGCGCAGGCGGUGGACGGCGUGGCUAACGAGCAGGCUGUGCUCCCAGACGCGCGGGUGCAAGCGCUCGAGAUGCUGCGCCAGGUGGUGGUCAACAUCAUCGACCCGCCGAAGCCCGCCGGCCAGCCCUCCUGGCCCGACCAGGGCGCCGUCGACGCCGCCCGACUGCGCUACGCGCGGCUCAAGCUCGUGUCGGGACUCUACAAGCGCACCCUCGCCCUCCUGCCCUCCGCCGAGGCGUUCCUGCGGGUGGUGGGGUUCAGGCGGACGGUGGAGGAGUUUCAAGAGUUUCUCGUCUUCACGCCCUCGCCGGACAACCUCGCCAAGCUGGAAGAGGGACAGCGAAAACUGGAGGUGGCGCUGAAUCGAGUGCGACUGCGGGCAGAGGAGCGGAAGAUGGUGCAGAUCGACGCCCGCACCGAGGAGCAGCUGCGGCGCGAGCAGGCCCUCAACCGCAUCCGCGACAACCGGCUCGAGCGCGGCGCAGUCGACGGCUCGCGCCGCGCGUGA